UCUCCCUUUCUUUCCUUCAGUCAGAGAAAUCACCCAACCCAACCACAAAACCCUAGCACUGUAAGCCUACACCACCGCCACAAGGAGUGGCAUACUGCCGCCGUCCGUCGCACUCAAAGUUCGCCAUCCGUCAUCUAGCUUCCCUCGUGCUCCAAAUCUUCAACCCCUGUUCGCUGUCACCGAUCGCGGUUGCUUCCUCGAGCUCGGCGUCCGUCGUCUUUGUCUGCUCAGCCGCGCUUCCGUCGCCGUUUGUUUGCCGUUCACGUUCGCGUCUUCGUUCGCGUUCUUCGCCAUUCGCGUUCGCUCGGUGUUCACCGUUCGCGUUCACUCGGUGUUCACCGUUCGCGUUCACUCGCUGUUCACCGUUCGAGUUCGCGUUCGUCUGGAAGCCACGUUGCUCUGCUUCAAACUCUGCCACCAACCCGCGCGCUCCACUCAGCCGUCGAGCUGCUCUCUUUUGUCCCCGCCGGCCCAGCUUAAGAGCCAACAUGACACAUCACAACGCAAGAGAGUAACCAUUAAUCAUCCCGGUAUACUUGAAGAGGAUUCAUCUGAAACUAUUUUCUUCUCUUCCUCUGAGCUCAUCCUUCAACAAUGGCGACCGUGAUGCAGAAAAUAAAGGAUAUCGAAGAUGAGAUGGCAAGAACGCAAAAGAACAAGGCUACUGCUCAUCAUUUGGGCUUGCUGAAGGCUAAACUGGCAAAGCUGCGGAGGGAACUCCUUACUCCUUCAUCAAAAGGUGCUGGAGGUGCUGGUGAAGGUUUUGAUGUUACUAAAAGUGGUGAUUCAAGAGUUGGUCUUGUGGGUUUCCCUUCAGUUGGCAAAUCUACUCUACUGAAUAAAUUGACUGGGACAUUUUCAGAGGUUGCUUCCUACGAGUUUACAACCUUAACUUGCAUCCCUGGCGUGAUCACGUAUCGUGGAGCUAAAAUUCAGUUGCUGGAUCUCCCUGGAAUUAUUGAGGGUGCUAAAGAUGGAAAGGGUAGAGGAAGACAGGUUAUCAGUACUGCAAGGACUUGCAAUUGUAUUUUAAUUGUUCUAGAUGUUAUCGAGGGAAGUAGAGUAUACAUGCCUUGCAUCUAUGUUGUGAACAAGAUUGAUCAGAUCACACUUGAGGAAUUAGAGAUAUUGGAUAAGCUACCUCAUUACUGCCCAAUCAGUGCACACCUAAACAACAACACCAACCUCAAAGUUGGCUGCUUCUACAAUGUGCCAUGUCGUGUUCAGUUGGUUGAUGUCUGCAUCGUGAUUAUCGGUGCUCGUUAUAAUCUUGAAGUAAGUCGUAAAUUUGAUUAG